AUGAGUAAUUGGAGUUUCCCUAUAUUUGAUUGUUGUUCUACACCAUUUAUAUCUUUAGUUACAUGUUGUUGCUGUCCUUGUCAAGUAGCAAGACAAAGGGCAACUUUAAAAAGAGAUGCAUUUGGUUGUGGGCAAUGUUUAUUUUCAUUUUUUUGUUUACCAUUUGCUGCUUGUUUAAAUAGGUAUGAAAUAAGGGCGAAACAUAAUAUCAGAGGUACAAGUAUUGGUGAUUGUGUUUGUUGUUGUUGGUGUGGUUGUUGUGCAACCGUUCAACAAGCUAGGGAACUGGAUUACAAAGGUGAUAAACCAGGUGGUUUAUUCAUGUCAACUGGUGACACUUCAAAAGAUUAUCAACAUCCAAAUUCACCAAAUUAUGACACUCAAAAUGAUAAUUUAAAUAAAAAUAAUGAUUAUGAUAUCGUUUAA